CUGUGAUCUGUCUGCAAUGUCUGCCCUAAGUCCCGAACCGUCUGCCCCGAUUUCACCCGCAACGGGCCAGGUGUUCUUUCAGACGGUGCCCGGUGUGGGCUGCGCGGGUAGCGGCCCGGUGUCGAGAAAGCAGGGCAAAGUAACGGUGAAGUACGACCGAAAAGAGCUGCGGAAAAGACUGGUACUGGAGGAGUGGAUCAUCGAGCAGCUGAGUGAGCUGUACGACUGCGAGGAUGAGGAAAUGCCUGAGGUUGAGAUUGACAUUGAUGAUCUACUGGAGGUAAACAGCGAAGAUGAGAGGGCUGUAAAACUACAGGAAUCUCUCACAGACUGCUAUAAGCCAACUGAUGCUUUCGUACAGGAACUGCUCGGGAGGAUAAGGGGAAUGAGAAGACUUGGUGCCCCACAGAAGAAAAACAUUUAAAGGGCUUAUAAAAUGCCAACGACAAUCCAGCAACAAAGACUGCAACUCCCAAAAUUUUUCACCCAGCCCAGUUUCUUCGCUACUUGUAAUCUGGACUACAAAUCCCAGAUUGCAAAUGGUCAACCAGGACUCCAAUAUAGAUCGUAGCAUCAGUUUAGCACAGCCUUCUAAAACCUCAAGGUUUUAUAAACCUCUAACUUUAUUUUAACUGCUUGGAUCAAGUUUAAACUGAAUCAAACAACUUUUGAUUCUGUUAAUUUAACAUUUCUUUUUUGUAUACGGUACAGUUUAGUUUAGUUUUUUUUUUUUUAAGUCAUUGUUUGAUUUUAGAUAAGU